AUGGAUAAAUCUCGUUAACAAUUAAUUUAGCUUUGCUAGAGCUUUUAGUUAUUAUUUUAGAAGCUAAAAGAUAACAGGAAACAUAAGUUAGAAAUUUAGAAGUCAAAUGAUCAUCUUAGGCAAAUCAUCGUUUCUGAAAACGAGAAAAGAAUUUAGACAUAAGAAAUACUAGAUUAAGAAAAGGAUCAAUUAUAAAAAUAGUUGAAAUAGGUUUAGGAAAUUUUAGAAGCUUAUUAAAGUAAUAAUGUAUAGAUAAUCUCAGCAAUUAAUUAAAGUGCUAACUAGCAAAAGAUUCUCAUUGAGCAAAAAAAGAAUCUAGAAGAAAGAUUAAAAGAAAAAGAAUCAAUCAUUCAUGAUAAGCUUUAGUAAUAGAGUUUUUUAAAGGAAGAAAUGAAUAUUUUAUGUAGAUAGAUGACUCUUAUUAACGGCAGUGAUAAAGAUUUAGAAAGUGCUAUACAGUCCUAAGUAGAUAACUUGGAAGCAUAAAAAACUAAGCUUAAUGAAUAACUAUAAAAAAUCAAAGAAAAUGAUGAUUUUUAAGCAUACCUAACUUAAGAAAAAGAUAAGAGUGAAAUGAAUUACAAAUCAGUUUAAAAAGAAUUAGCUCAAACUAUCAAACAAAAUGCAGCUGUUUAGCAAAAAAUAAAAGACUGCAGUAAAAUAUUUGAAAAAUUGUCAUCUCAACUCACAUCAAAAAUGGAAAGAUUAAAUACACAAUAUAAGCAUAAUGAUUAGCUCAAUCAACAGAUAAAAAAACUUGAUAGCCUUAAAAUUUCAUAGCAAAACUAUUAGCAAGCUGGAUAAUACCAACACUAGCAAAGCUAGAUAUCUAAGAAUUUAUCUCCGAAUUCUAGAAUAAGGCUUAGCAAGCAAAGAUAAGCAUAGUAGGCAGAAUAAAAUUUAUCAGAAGAGCAAAGAAAUAGAGUUAAUGAUUACAGGAUAUAGCUAAAUCAAUAGCUAGAUUAUUAUAAGAAUCAAAUUGAAAAUUAUGAUGCUAUGAUCAACUAAUUGUAGCAAGAUAUAGAAUACCUAUAAUCUUAAUUUGAACAAUUUUCUUUCAUUCCAUAAGAUUAGCUUAAUUAAUUCUUUUAGCAACAUUUUUUAGCCUAAAAUGAAAAUGAAUAAUAGUAAUUCUACAGUGAAUAAGACUAAAACCAUUUACAGUAAGGUAACUACGAAUCUUUUAAUCCUAAUUCAAUAAAUGGUUUAGUAUCUGAUGACUAUUAAAACAGAAAUGACCAUUUAAGUAGCUAAGUAGUUACAUCAUAAGAAAAUAAUUAUUCCAAUGGUGUAUUUUAGCAAGGAGAUGAUUAAGAUGAAGAAGAAGAAGUUUUGUGA